CCUGUAUCCCAAGUUCUCUUGCCUUGAGCUUGAGCAGCCUAAUAAAUUCUAAUUUAAUUAUACCCUUUUGUUUUCGGUAGGAAAGUGCAAGCCAAACAUUAAUUGUAGCAUAAUGGAUGCUGAAGAUAGGGCAAGCCGUCUGUCGGGACUGAGGCUAGCAGGGCUUAUUUGUGUUCCCAUGGCCUUGAGAGCUGCCAUCAAACUCAAAGUCUUUGACAUCAUGGCACAGGCAGGUCCAGAUGCUCGACUCUCUGCUUCAGAGAUGGUCCAUAGGAUGGCCGCCACCAAUCCAAAUGCGGCAACAGCCUUGGACAGGAUACUUCGGAUUCUAGCUGCAAACUCCAUCCUCUCCUUCUCCCUACGACCGCGUGAUGAUGGUAGCGAGCCUGAGAAGGUUUAUGGGUUAACAAGCGAGUCACGUUGGCUCGUUCCUGGGGACGAUGGGGCCUCGGUAGCGCCAGAGAUGCUACUGACUCUCGACAAGGCAGUAGUGGAGAGCUUUUAUUGUCUGCAAGAUGCUGUGGUGGAAGAAGGGUGUAUCCCGUUUGAGAAGGCCCAUGGAACGGAUGUGUUUGAGUACGGUGCCAAGGAGCCUGAGUUCAACAAGGCCUACCCUGAUGCCAUGAACAACGGAUCGGCCAUAGCGUUGGCUGAGGUCUUCAAGGUCUAUAAAGGUUUCGAUGGGGUGACAGAGAUGGUGGAUGUUGGUGGUGGUACUGGGGUUUCAAUUGGGUUUAUAGUCUCCAGGUACCCAAAUUUUCGUGGUGUUAAUUUCGAUUUACCUCAUAUUAUCUCCCAUCCUCCUCCAUUGCAAGGUGUUGAACAUGUUGGAGGGAAUAUGUUCGAGGAAAUACCCAACGAAGAAACCAUUUUCAUGAAGUGGAUACUUCAUAACUGGGACGAUGGACGGUGCGUGACGCUGUUGAAGAAAUGCUGGAGGGCAUUGCCUCACGGAGGAAAGGUGAUCAUCGUGGAGUUCGUCAUCCCUCCGGUGUUGGGAACCGAUGCUGUAUCACGCUAUACUUUAAGUGCAGAUCUUUUCAUGAUGGCUUGCAAUCCGGGUGGCAAAGAACGAACAGUAACGGAGUUUUAUGGCUUAGCAAUGGCUGCUGGAUUCGCUGAAAUGAAGAAUUGCCCGAUUGGGCAUGGCCUCCAUGUUAUUGAAUUCCACAAGUAAACUACUUGAUGAUGCAUCGGUUUAUCUUCUUUUCUCUUCGAUCUGUUGAUGACCUGGAACAAUAAUCAGAGAUAUUUUUGUAUUUGCAACAGGCCAAACAUGUUAAAAUAAAGAAAUAUUCGAUCCUUGCUCGUCCUUAAGAAUCAAACUGACAUCUGAUUAGAACUAAUAACAAAGGCAAAGGCUGUAUUUGGCAUGAAGGAAAAUUAUUGGAAUUAACUCUUUUUCUUUUGUGCUGAAAACUCAUUCAAUUCUGAGAAUUGACUUUAGAGCUAAAAACAUUCAGCUUAAGAAUACCCCCAGCCUAUGAACUUAGCAGAACCGGGGGUUAGUGCUCUGCUCCCUUCCGUAGACAGACUGCGGCCGGUGAUUCGUUUUCACACAGGACUGCUUUCCCGUCUCCUUCUCCGUCCACAACUCAACUCGGCUCGUCUUAUCUGAUUAUUCUUUGCGUGCGUGCGUAGGCGUGGCUGUGUGGCUUGGGUGCUCCAUGCAACAGAACGUGGUGCCAGCCAAAUCAGAACAGCAGAAUGAUUGUAAUUGCGUACAGCGUUAAUUAGAACACCCUCCGGCUCAAGUUUCGAAGAAAUUCCUCCGGUCCGGCAGCAGCCCGGCUCUAACCAUGGGAAUACCUUUGCUUGUCGUAUUGCUUAAAUGAUUCCGACAGUAUAGCACACCUAUCAGAAUUCAGAAGUCGUCACUUCACUUUGACCCCACCUACCAUCCAUAAUCACCCCCCCCGGCCAAUUUUAUUUCUUUGGAUCCGUCCAGCUGCACUGCAUAUCCUCGCU